CUCCUCCAACCCCUUUCUCUCUCUCCUUCUUCUCAUUUCUUCUUUUUUUUGCCCCACAGAGACAUAGAGAGGAGAGAGGAGUAAAGCAAACACCAACCCGAACGACUUUGAUCAGACGCGCACUCCGUUAGGGCUCUUUUUACCGUAACGGCUCGCGUUGUAGAGAGACAGAGGGAGGGGAAUGCCCGUGGGAGAGAUCGGGGAUCGAGCUCGAGGAUCGGAAUCGCCGGCGGGGGAGGCAGCGAAAGGUUGGGAGGGCUUGGGGAUUUGAAUUGCCGAGGGAAAUUUAUUAGCUGAUAAAGGAGCUGGUUGGUUGGCAUUGAGGAAAUGGACUCGGAUACUCCUCUCGACUACGCGAUGUUCCAGCUCUCGCCGAGACGUUCACGGUGCGAGUUGAUCGUUUCGGGAGACGGGAAGACCGAGAAGCUGGCAUCUGGAUUCUUGAAACCAUUCACCGCUCAUUUGAAGGUUGCUGAAGAACAGGCCUCACAGGCAGUUUCGUCGAUAAAGCUUGAGGUCGAGAGACGGAAAAAUGGUCGCACAUGGUUCAACAAAGGAACCCUCGAAAGGUUUGUUCGAUUUGUUAGUACACCUGAGGUGCUGGAAUUGGUCAAUACAUUUGAUGCUGAGAUGUCACAGUUGGAAGGUGCUAGGAGAAUAUAUUCACAGGGAGCUGGAGAUCCACCUUCUGGUACACUGGGUGAACAUGAAACAGCUGCAGCAGCAGCUGCAGACAUAACAAAGAAGGAACUUCUCAGGGCCAUUGAUAUGCGGCUUGUUGCUGUUAAGCAAGAUCUGACUACAGCUUGUGCUCGGGCAUCGUCUGCUGGAUUCACCCUUGACAAUGUCCCUGAACUUCUUCUUUUUGCAGACCAUUUUGGUGCACGUCGCCUGAACGAAGCAUGCACGAAGUUUGUUUCGCUAUGCCAGAGGCGGCCUGAGCUUGUUAGCCGCCAGCACACGCCACCAUCCCUGCCAUCACAAUGGAAGGGCUUUGAUGAAGGGAAUGUCCGUGCCUCCUCUGGCUCAGACAUGUCAAUAGAUGAACCGGAGGUGGAACCAAGUGGUGGUAAAUUACCCGGUAAUGUUGGUGGUGGGCUCAAGCUUCCGCAGUCCGGCAACAGCCAACAACCACACCUAAGCACGGCAGAGCUACCUGCUGCAAGUCACCAGCUCAAACCCAUUCCCAGGCGUUUUGUGGACAUACAAGCAGAAAAAGCAACAGAGGAGCCUCCUGCUGCAUCGGUGGCUGAACCAGCUCAGCAGGAUGUAGGAGGGGGUUCGAGGCGGCUGAGUGUGCAGGAUCGGAUCAACCUCUUUGAAAGCAAGCGAAAAGAACAGGCUGGAAGUUCUAACAACAGCACUAGUGGUGGUGUUAAUAAGGUGGCUGCAGGGAAGGGGGUGCAUCGAAGGUUUCCUUCUGAUGUCAGUGUGGAGAAGUCAGUGUUAAGGAGAUGGAGUGGUGCCAGUGACAUGAGCAUAGAUCUGAAUAGCGGCACUAAUAGUAACUGCAGUGAGAGGAAGGAGAGUGGGAGUGCUGCGGGGACCCCCACAUCUGUCAACUUCCAGGCCCAAUGCAUUGGUAAAACUGAAGAGAAGGAGGCUAGCGGAUUGAAGGAUACCGCUACAUCACACUUCUGUUUGGAUCUUAAAGAAUGCCAACCAGCAACUUCCUCUUCUUCCUCUUCUUCAUUGCCUUCAUCCCAGGCACAGAUCAAGGCUUUUCCUAAGGAUAGAGAUCGUACUAAGGAUGAAGGUACUGCAACAUCUAGUACCCAGUCAGGACCAGUUUUGGAAAAGGACCGGGAGAUUUGUCAGAAGAAUGUCUCUAUGGGCAGGGUGGAGAAUCAUGGAUUGAGUGAUCAAGCUUCUUGUCAGACCCUAGUGAAAGCCUCUUCAGAAUCAGGUGGGGGUGCUGGUUGGAAAGAGCAUGCAGCCAUUUGUGCCCAAUAUAAAGCCAUUUCGGAGGAACAUGUGAAAGAUGAAGCAGCUCUGCAGAUUCCCACGCGAGCUGUAUCAGCUGUAGCUGAGCAGGUUGGAUGGGAAAAUCAAGAAGUCUCAUGGUCCCAACCUGGAGAGGUUCCUUCAGGAGCAGACAGUGCUGGAGCGAAGGAUCAACCAAACACAGUUACCCAAUUCCGUACAUUUGUGAGGAAAACAGAGGGUAUUGAAGUGAAACCAAAAGGCCCAUCAAAUUCGCGAUUUCCAUUCAAAUCUUCAUCUGGCAAGACGGAAGGCAUCUCCCCGGAGAGUGACUUGCUGACUCCCCAACCUCAGUGUAGAACUUUUCCUGGAAAACUGGAGGAAGCAGGGGUAAAAGUGGCAGCUGCUUCUCAGGUUCCAUUUGGUUCUGUUCCAACCAAGCCAAAAGAAGGUUCUGGUCCCCAGGGAACAAAUUUGCAUCAGCAAUCAUCUGCUCCCAAUCAGAUUAGGAAGUUGCAGGGACAGAGAUAUGAAAGAGCAUAUGAUGAAGGAAAUGCUGUUCCAGUUUUUCCUGGGAAGAGGGCUAAGGAAAGCAUGGAAAUAUUCGAUUCACCCUCCACAUCUUCGAUGGAGCAGGUUCAGGUGGUGAGGCCAUCAAAAGGAAAUCAGGAGCUGAAUGAUGAACUGCAAAUGAAAGCGAAUCAAUUGGAAAAACUUUUUGCUGCGCACAAGCUCAGGGUUCAGAGUGAUCAGAUGGCUGCUUCUCGAAGAAGCAAACCUGCUGAUGUGCAGGUCGAUCAUGCACCCAAGUCCGUAGAGAAAAAAGCAGCGGUAGCUCUUCUUAAGCAAUUAGCUGAGAGCAAUUCUAGUAAUGGAAUAGACUUUGAUGCUAAUCUGUUGUUGAAGAGGGUAGAUAAUCAGGACUUCGGUACUAACAUAAAGCAGAAACUUGACUCCCUCGGUCCAUCAGAUGAUUCUAGAGGAAAAUUAUAUAAGAGAUAUAUGCAAAAACGGGAUGCAAAGCUAAGGGAAGAGUGGGGAUCUAAAAGGGCUCAAAAGGAAGCAAAGAUGAAGGCUAUGCAUGACAGCUUAGAACGUAAUCAGUCUGAAAUGAGGGCCAAAUUUGCAGGAUCUGCUGCUGCACAAGAGUUGGCUAACAGUCAUCACCGUGCAGAGAAGUUGAGGUCUUUUAAUGCCCGUUCAGCUUUAAAAAACAAAGACCAGCAGGCAGUAGCGUCCCUUCCUGGAGAGGAUGGAGAUUUUCAAGAACCUUAUGAACAGGUUGAUUAUGGCCAAGAUAAAACAUAUAGUGAUAAUCUAUUUGGUGAUGGUUCUUCUAAAAGCAACAACUCCAGAAAGCUUCCAUCUAGUAAAAGUUUGUCUUCCUCCACACCUCGGACAUCAGCAGCAUCAUUCCUUAAGUCUUCUGCCAAAGCAACCAACACUUGUUCUGUAAAACGCAGGACCCAACCUGAAAAUCCUCUUGCACAAUCUGUUCCCAACUUCUCUGACUUAAGAAAGGAAAACACAAAACCAUCAGCAGGAAUUAGCAGGGCAAAUACACGUGUACAGUCAAGAAACUUUUCUCGAAGCAAGAGCAACUGUGAAGAGGUGAACCUUGUGAAGGAAGACAAGCCACGUAGGUCGCAGUCCAUGAGGAAACCCUCUGUUGGUCCUUGUGAAUUGAAGGACCUUUCGCCUCUCAAUUCUGAUAGUGCCAGUUUGACACCUUUAAGGAUUUCUAAGGAGCAAACUGAGCCAGUUUUUCUUAAUAAAGUCCAGAAGAAUGGUGAAUCGAAAUCAUUUCUCGGGAAGGGCAAUGGUUUAGGACCUGGUGCUGGAGCUGGUGUAGCUAAAGUCAAUGCCUCCAGGGUUUCUGAGGUGCUAAAAGAUGGAGAAGAUUUUGAAGGAAUGGUGGAUCAGCGGGAGGAUUCACCUGACAUGGUUAAAGAUGACGAGGAACUCGAAAGAACAUCUGCUGAAGAAAAUCCUGAUGCCACAGAUUUUCCUGCAGACUCAGAUAGUGAAAAGCCAAGACUGAGCCAAGAAUUCGGAAAUUCUGAUGACCCUGUAUCAGAAGAUGGCAAUGUUCCAAGAUCAUUCUCCCAAGUAGAUGAUGAUAUGUCUGCUGUUUCUACAAAGUUUAAUACUUUUGCAGGAAAUGUGCAGGAAUCACCAGGAGAAAGCCCUGGAUCAUGGAACUCACACAUACAACAUUCAUUUUCUUAUGCAAAUGAGACAUCAGAUGUUGAUGCUUCUGUAGAUUCACCUACAGGCAGUCCAGCAUCUUGGAACUCUCACCCACUGAACCAAAGGAUGGAAGCUGAUGCUGCUCGGAUGAGAAAGAAAUGGGGAAGUACUCAGAUACCAAUGCUCGUUGCUAAUGCAUCUCAGCAACCGCGAAAGGAUGUGACAAAAGGUUUCAAGCGAUUGUUGAAAUUUGGUAGAAAAAGCAGGGGUGUAGAGAGUUUGAUAACUGAUUGGGUAUCUGCCUCAACGGCUUCCGAAGGUGAUGAUGACACAGAAGAUGGCCGCGAUUUGGCAACACGUCCAUCAGAUGAUCUGAGGAAGUCGAGAAUGGGCUACCCUCUUUCUGCUUACGAUGGCUUCAAUGAGGGCGAGGUCUUUCCUGAACAAGCUCACUCUUUACGCAGCUCCAUUCCAAAUGCUCCUGCAAACUUCAAGCUGAGGGAGGACCAUCUUACUGGAAGUUCCUUGAAAGCACCCCGCUCCUUCUUCUCUCUUUCAACCUUUCGGAGCAAGGGAAGCGAAUCCAAGCUUAGGUGACUAUGGAGAGCAUAUAAUAUGGCUGAAGUGAUAUACCACUGUGAAUUUCUCGAUGGAUGUUAUGCAUCUGCAUUAUUUUAUGAUAUCUCAGGUAAUUCAUGUGAUUGCGAGUUGUGGUCUCCCUAUUUCUUUGCGGUCCCAGCUUUGCAUAAUGCUGGACAUCUAGAAUUUUUUAGGCUAACAUGCCAAUUGGCACGGAAGUACUGUCAUUUUGGGUAGUCCAGCAUUUCCUCUCCAUUUGUAGUAUUAUUAUAUUAUCAAAAUUAGAGGAACAAGAACCAGUAAUGAUAUGCUGCUACGCAAUUGUUUUGUACAAAUUAAAGAGACUUGCUCUGUUCUUUGUGCUUCUUGUCAAUCUGUAUGUUGUGUGUAUUGGAUUUCUCUUGUACUGUUUGGUUUAAUGGCUUCUAGUCCAAUA